GUCCCCUGCGACCCGGCAGCCCUGACUGCACCAGGACGCUGACAUUCCCGCAGUUGCGGGUUCAGGCAGCCCAGAGCCAGGCCUUUAUUUCUUCUCUGCAGCGCUCAGCACCGAACCUCGAAAAGCCAAACACCAGAGCACCCUAGAAAGCUUAACUAAAAGAAAGCUCAUGUUUGACCCAGUUCCUGACGAGCAAGAGGCCAUGGAGCCUGCCUCGGUGUUAGACCCAUCUAAUGACACGGAGUCCGUCCAGCCCAGCCAGUGCGGAGUCAUCUACUCCACACCGUUAUCCGAUGAGUCCUUUCAGAGCCCGCAAGUCCUGUGGCAUGGCAUGCAGACGGAGCCGUUGGACCUGUCCGUGAAAAAGCGGAGUUCACCGCCCUCGGCUGGGAAUUCUUCCUCGCUGAAGUUCCAGUCCUCGCACUGGAGGGUCUCUCCCGGGUUGAGCAUGCCACCGUCCAGCCAGCCCAUGCCAUCGCCCCUGCCCCCAAGAGGGCAGCCCUUCAGCAUGCCGGGGUCCAUGCCGCCAUCCAUGCCUCCGUCCAGGCCGCUAUCCAUGCCUCCGUCCAUGCAGCCGUCUAUCCUGCGGUCCAUCCUGCUGUCCAAACCGCCGUCCGUGCCUCCGUCCAGGCCGCUAUCCAUGCCUCCGUCCAGGCCACCAUCCAUGCCUCCGUCCAUGCAGCCGUCCAUGCAGCCGUCUAUCCUGCGGUCCAUCCUGCUGUCCAGUCCUCCGUCCAGGCCGCCGUCCAGGCCUCCGUCCAGGCCUCCGUCCAGGCCUCCGUCCAGGCCGCCGUCCAGUCCUCCGUCCAGGCCUCCGUCCAGGCCGCCGUCCAGUCCUCCGUCCAGGCCUCCGUCCAGGCCGCCGUCCAGGCCGCCGUCCAGGCCUCCGUCCAUGCAGCCGUCCAUGCAGCCGUCUAUCCUGCGGUCCAUCCUGCUGUCCAGUCCUCCGUCCAGUCCUCCGUCCAGGCCGCCGUCCAGGCCACCGUCCAGGCCUCCGUCCAGGCCACCAUCCAGGCCUCCGUCCAGGCCUCCGUCCAUGCCGCUGUCCAUGCCUCCGUCCAUGCCGCUGUUCAUGCCUCCGUCCAUGCCGCUGUCCAUGCCUCCGUCCAUGCCGCUGUCCAUGCCUCCGUCCAUGCCGCUGUCCAUGCCUCCGUCCAUGCCGCUGUCCAUGCCUCCUUCCAUGCCGCUGUCCAUGCCUCCGUCCAUGCCGCUGUUCAUGCCUCCGUCCAUGCCGCUGUUCAUGCCUCCGUCCAUGCCGCUGUCCAUGCCGCCAUCCAUGUCGCUGUCCAUGCCGCCAUCUAUGUCGCUGUCCAUGCCGCCAUCCAUGUCGCUGUCCAUGCCGCCAUCCAUGUCGCUGUCCAUGCCGCCAUCCAUGUCGCUGUCCAUGCCACCAGUGACAGCCGCUGCCCUGUCCAGGCAUGGAAUUUGGAGCCCGUGGACACUGCCGGUCACACAGCCCGCUGUGGCACAGCCCGUCCCCUUCAUGUCCACCAGUCAUCUCCAGCAGCCGCUCAUGGUGUCCUUGUCCGAGGAGAUGGGAAAUGCAAAUGGUAACAUGCAAGUAUCUGUAAAGGAAUCCUAUGAGAAGCCUAUAUUGCAGAAAGAAAAUAAAAUAGAACCUGGGAUCGAACCACAGAGGACAGAUUAUCAUCCUGAAGAAAUAUCACCCCCUUUAAUGAACUCGGAGUCCCUCCUGCAAGCAUUGUUGCAAGAGAAUCACCCUCCAGUCACAGUGCAGCCGGGGAAGGGACCUUUACCUGUGGAAUCUCCAGACACCCAAAGGAAGCGAAGGAUAGAUAGAUGUGAUUAUGAAGGACCCAACAAAGUGUACACUAGAAGCUCUCUACUGAAAGCACACAGAAAACCACAUAUAGGAGAAAGACCCUACAAAUGUACAUGGGAAAAAUGCACACGGAAAUUUGCUCGGUCUGAUGGACUAGAAAGACAUUUCCGAACACAUACUGGAAGCAAACCUCACAAGUGUUAG